AUGGAAAUUGCUUUGAGGCAAAUUGCACCUUUAGCGGUUUGUAGGAGAGCCGGGUGGAUUUUUAAUGGAUCCGGUUCCUCGCUGUACUCUCCCCUUUUGUUGGAUCCGUUGUAUCUUUGUGUCGCAGGAUGUGGCGGAGUUGGCUGUUUCCCAGAACAGGUAACGAAAUUCUUGUAUUUGCCCCAUGUAAAUUCUGCUCACCGGCGAAUUCCUGCGCGAAGGCUCUUGCACUUUCCACAUGUGAAAAGUGCAAGUGCAUCGAGGCAGCUCCGGAAGCAUGCAGGAGUCCGCCUCAAAUGGGGGCGAAAAGCAAAAUCAGUGGCAGUUGUCGUCCACACAGUUGUUUGUUACGCUAAGGGGCUGCGAUUGGAUGGCACUCGGGGAGUACGUAAACGUGUUCCAUCUGCAUGACGUCAGGCGGAGCUGUUCCAUCAGCGCUUUCGUCGUGAUCUAGCACAUGCAGCAGAACAGCGCUCCGAAUGGAAGAGGCCGGAGCCCGAAUGGCAAGAGCCUCGAACGAGGCCCCGGUGAAUGUUUUGUAAAGACCGCCUACAGGGACGGCAUGACCUCGUCAAUCUGCGGCACACCUUGCAGAUGGACGGCAGGGAGAGUCUUUGAGUGGAUGAGAAUUACAAACAUCCCAUCAUUAGCUCGAAAGAGAUUUGACCUGUACUGUAGACAGUGUGCUCUCAGUACACUGCUGUACAUCAUUGUCUUCCUGUUUUUCAUUUUCCUUUCCCCAGACAGACAGAGUCAUGCUUUAUAGGUUUCCCAAAAUAAGUCUCUGCGCUCUGGAGUCUUCUGGGUACAUCGGUAUAUAUCUUUACUCUGAGAUGACUCUUCCCCACACUGAAAGUGCCUGCAGGCAUCGACGGUGGCGGUUGGUGCGUCCGGAGAGUUUCGAGUGUGAGGAUGCAUGUGCGGUGGUAUGAUGCCAAAGUCCGACUCUCUAGAGAAUGUUCACUCUGCAAAUGGCUUCGGUACAGCCCAUCAUACUUUAUGAUUUGGCUGGACGGUACCAGCUAGCAAUAUUUGAUAAUGUUUUCC